AUGGAUAGGGAUGGACGGACGGACAGACGGACUGGGAGUUCCCUUCAAUUAGGGACGGAUGGUACAUCCGGAAAAACGGAGGUUCAGGCCCUCGGCGAUCUUAUCAGGAAUGGGCAGCGCUCUGUCUGUCAUCAUCAGGAGGGCAGGGGAGGGGAGGAUGUACUACAAAAGGGACCACGGCUUCGGGUCGCCGCGUUGAGCCGGCCGUCGACGCGAGAGAACUUCCCCCGGCGUCCACUCGCCGGUGACGAAACCACGAACUCUCCCGGCCGGAAGCGGUCGACGUCUACGUCCACGUCAACGAACGACGUUCCCAUGCCACCUCGAUCCUCCGGAUCUCCGCGAUCAAAUCCUCCGGUCCGUACCGAGCCCCUUGCGGUAGGACAAGGCGCAGCAGCCUGGUGCCACUGCUUUCGGUCGUCCGCUCCUCCAGUCGCUUGCUUGCUCCUCCUCGUCCUCCCUCCGGACGCUCCCCUCGCAUAUCGAGCGACGACCGCAGCGGUCGCCGAGACAGUGACAGACGCACAGAUUGCGAUUGAGCGAGCGAGAGAGAGAGAAAGAGAGGCGAGAGAAGUGCAGGAAGCGGAGGACAGGGAGAAGGAGGGAGGGAGGGAGGGAGGGAGAGAGAGAGGAAUGGAGAGGAGAGCUCGCGGGAGAGCUGAAGGAGGUCGAGGGAAGAAGAAGCAAGGGCAGCAGCAUCAGCAGCAGCAGCAGUCGGAGGAAGGCUACGAGAAGUAUCGAGAUACGGGGUCGAAUUGGUGA